AUGGAUUGUUUGGUGAUGCCAGUUUCAUUGAUCCGGCGUUGUUCCACCGGUUCUCGGAUGCGUUACAUGCCGCUUCCGAAAGAGAAGUUGAAAGAAUCGGAAAACGCCGUGACGGUGGUGGUGGGUAAAGAGAAAAGAGUAUUUCUGGUCGAACCUUUCAUAUUGCAAGAGAACCCGUUUCGUGUUUUGAUGGAUAUAUCAAUGAAGAAGGACUCUGCGGUGGAGAAGGACCAUUUCCAUUUCACUUCGUCUCAGAAAAGAGUAAUCUUUGUGGACGUGGAUGACAUUUUGUUCGAGCACAUGUUGUGGCUCAUGCACAAUGAUGUCUCUUCUUUGUUCCAGCUUAAUUUGAAGGAGAUUAUUGACUUCUACACUAACGAUGUAUAA